AUGAAAUUUCUGGUCCUACUUUUGUUUGCAGGAGCUAGUUUAGCUCUGGAGGAUGACAAGAUUGUUGGAGAGCAUGAGGAGUGCAUACCCCACUCCCAGCCCUGGCAAGUGUCUCUGAACUCCGGCUAUCAUUUCUGUAGUGGUUCUCUGAUCAAUCAGAACUGGGUUGUGUCUGCUGCUCACUGCUCCAAAUCUCGUAUAGAGGUUCGUUUGGGUGAACACUACCUCAACAUUGAUGAGGGUCAUGAGCAGUUCAUCGCUUCCUCCCGUGCCAUCAUCCACCCCAACUAUGACUCCUGGAACAUGGCCAAUGACAUCAUGCUUAUCAAGCUGAGUCGACCUGCCACCCUGAAUAGCUAUGUGCAGCCUGUUGCACUGCCUAAGAGCUUCCCCCCUGUUGGCACCCAGUGCACAGUCUCCGGAUGGGGUAACACCUGGAGCCCCACUACCUAUCGCAACAAGAUACAGUGUCAGGAGGUCCUUAUUUACUCUGAGUCGAAUUGUAAAUAUUAUUUCCCUGGUAUGAGCACUAAUGGCGAGUUUUGUGCUGGCUCCCUGGAGGGAUGCAAGAGCUGCCCGGGUGACUCUGGUAGCCCUCUGGUGUGCAGUGGUGAGCUGCAGGGUAUUGUUCCUUACAAUUAUGGCUGCUUGGAGACGAACUGCCUUCGUGUCUAUGUCAAGUCCAUUGCACUGAAAAAGAGUAGAUGGGGGGGGGAGGCUUUCUCAGAGGUUGAAGUGAAAGGUAUUAAGACUUGCAUAGAGGUCAAUAAAGUAUACAGUUAUGGGAAAAAGAAAAUUAGGCACCAGCACCACAUUGGUGGAAAAGAGCUAUUGACCUAG